AUGCCAAGGAAAACAGUUUCAAUGUUAGCAGGCGCAAUCGGGGUUACCUCUUUAAUUGUGUCUAUGCUAUAUGUAUUCCAAAAUAAAUUAGUCUACCCAUCUUGGGCAGAAGGUGCAAGAAAUCAUGUUGCUACACCUGAUUCUUAUGAUAUACCCUACAAACGAGUCAUAUUAAAAACAAAAGAUAAUGUAGAUAUUGAGGCUUAUGAUAUGCGUAAUGAGAAUCGAGAUUCUAUUUCAACAGUACUCAUUCUAUGUCCAAAUGCUGGUAAUAUUGGAUACUUCCUACCCAUUGCAGAUAUAUUUUAUAAGAGGUUUGGUAUGAGUGUCUUUCUAUAUUCUUAUCGUGGCUAUGGCCAUUCCGAAGGUUCCCCAUCUGAAACGGGUCUUAAAUUGGAUGCAGACCGUGUCAUUUCCUAUUUAUCAACAGAUUCCUUUCAUAAACAAAAAAAAAUUGUCUUAUUUGGUAGGUCAUUAGGUGGAGCUAAUGCUAUUUAUAUUGCUUCCAAAUACCCACAAUUAAUCGAUGGUGUGAUCCUAGAAAAUACAUUUUUAUCAAUCCGAAAGGUUAUUCCAUAUAUGAUUCCUAUUCUAAAAUACGUUGCAAACUGGUGUCAUGAAAUUUGGAACUCUGAAUUAAGCAUUACAAAAACUGGAUCUUUUACUCCAUUUUUAUUCAUGGGGGGGCAGAAAGAUGAGAUUGUACCGCCUUCUCACAUGAAAAGGUUGUAUGAAUUGUGUCCAAGUACUCAGAAGCAAAUAUUCGAAUUUCCACUGGGUUACCAUAAUGAUACAAUUGUACAAGAGGGUUAUUGGGAGAUAGUAAAAUCAUUUUUGGAGGGAUUUAAAUUUAUUUAA